AUGGAGCUCACCAUGGAGAACCUUCACAGCGUCUCCUCGCACUCCCAGGCGGGUGAUCUCAUGAGCUCUCCGCACGCGCGACCGUCGCCGUCCCCCAUUUCCACUCCCCGGAAUCUGGUCUCGCACGCUCCAGGCGCGCGGUCAGCCAUGGUGUCCGGCAUGACCUCGAUCCUGGAGGGCUCCGGUGGAGACUACCGGACAGACCCGUCCGCACUGUCCGGACACCUGCACCAGUCUAUCAGCAUGUGUGAGACCGGGAUGAGCCUUAGCAACACGUACACCACCCUGACCCCCCUGCAGCAUCUACCUACGAUAUCCACAGUCUCGGAUAAGUUUCACCACCCGCACUCUCACCACCAUACUGCCGCUCACCAACGACUCUCAGCAGGGAACGUCAGCGGCAGCUUCACGCUGAUGCGGGACGACCACCGGGGGCUCGCCUCCAUGGGCAAUCUGUACAGUCACUACCCCAAAGAGAUGUCCGUGUCCGGCAUGGGCCAUGGCUCGCUCUCCCCGCUGUCCAGCGGGUUGGGCUCUUUGCACAACUCCCAGCAGCAGCAGCUCUCAUCUUAUGGUCCGGGUGCGCACAUCUCUGCCGACGCUAAGAUGCUCUCCCCGGUGUCCGGGUUUGAGUCCCACGCCUCCAUGCUGUCCCGAAGUGAUCAAGAGCACCUGGCUAGGAGUUUAGGGGGGCAUGGCCACGGCAUGAUCUCCAACCUCAACGGCAUGCACCACCACCCACACAGUCACCUCCACUCCCAGGCAAAUGGUGGGGUGAUGCUGGGGGACCGGGAGAGGCACGGCCACGGAGCCGGCCAGGGAGUAGCAGGGUCAGGCGUCCAGGCGGAAGAGAUCAACACAAAGGAAGUGGCUCAGAGGAUAACGGCCGAGUUAAAGCGGUACUCCAUCCCGCAGGCCAUAUUCGCCCAGAGGAUCUUGAGCCGGUCACAGGGAACCCUCUCAGACCUGCUACGAAACCCCAAACCCUGGAGUAAGCUCAAGUCAGGCCGGGAGACUUUCAGGAGGAUGUGGAAGUGGCUGCAGGAGCCUGAGUUUCAGCGGAUGUCUGCUCUGCGGCUGGCCGCAUGUAAACGUAAGGAAGAGGACCGAGGACGAGAGCGCAACCAGGUGCCAAAGAAGCAGCGACUGGUCUUCACCGACCUGCAGCGUCGGACCUUGGUAGCCAUCUUCAGAGAGAACCGCCGCCCUUCUAAGGAGAUGCAGAUCACCAUCUCCCAGCAGCUGGGCCUGGAGCUUACCACCGUCUCCAACUUCUUCAUGAACUCACGCCGGCGCUGUACGGACCGCUGGGACACAGAGGAGCACAGUCAUGGAGUGCAUGGACACGGCCAUGUGCACACUCCUCAUGGAAACAGCAACAACAACAACAACAAUGCCUCUCCGAUCCACCCCGGUAUCUCCUCUUUCUCUAAGGCCUGA